CAAAACUGAGUUAUUAACCGUCAAGAUGAAACUGCUGCCAAUACUUGUGGUCCUGGUCCUGGUUGUGUGCGCCGCCUGCAAGAACCACGAGGAGUGGGGAGGACAUCGACCAAGUGACUACGAUCCCAGACCAUAUUCAAGGCAGUUCUAAAACACUGGAAAGUUUUCUACUCAUUUUUGGGAUUUUUCUGAAAUGCGAUAGACAUUUUCUCUGUAUUUUUCGUAAACUCAACUAAUGAAACCUGAUUUCCAAAAGAAAUAAAGUUAUCAAAAUAAAGAAUUCCAAAUUUAAGUAAUGUA